AGCAGGUCGAUCCCAACUCGUUCUGAGCUGGACCAUGAAAGCACAGGGCUCUUAUCGUAACUUCAACCGCCGCCCCCCUCUCUCCAUCUCUCUCAAUUCAUACAUGGAUGCUAGCUUUGAAGAGACCAACGAAACGACAUUCUUGAACACUUGUCCCCUCCACAGGUUCGACUAGGAUUCGGGCAGAUCAGAAAGUUCCACCUUCGAACCCACGAAGCGCGUGUUCCAUUUCCUCGUAGAGGUUGUGCGAAGGUCAACUUACCAGGGCCCCUUUUGUUUUUACAGGCAAGCAGCAUGAUUUACUAAAUUACGAGAAGAUCAUUGGAAAGUCAAUAAAAUGGACGAAAGUGGAGCUACCACGAGGAAAUGGGAGGACUUGGACACUGAUAUACUGGUGACGAUAUUCCAGAUGUUUGAUAUCUUUGAGUUGACAUCAGGGAUAGCCCAUGUUUGUAGUGCAUGGCGUAUGGCUUGCUGUGACCCUCUACUCUGGAAAACUCUCGACUUAUCUGCUUUAGAGUCAAAUUUCAUCAGAAUUCCUCUUGAGCCAUAUGUUUAUGUCCACGGUCGGUCGGAUAAAACCGUGACCCAGGUGUUGAAGAUCGCGUUGAAUCUCAGCCGGGGAAGCAUACAAACGUUAAUUUUCCAUGUCAAUCUAUAUUUGAGUGAUGAACAGCUGACUUACACUGCUGAAAGGUGCCCGCUAGUCAAACGCAUUGUAAUGCCAGCUUGGAACCGAAUAAAGAAAACAGGAAUAUGCAAAGCUAUCAGCAUGUGGCCUCACCUUGAAUCUAUGACGAUGCCCAGCAUAGCGAAUCCUCCUUACCUUCUGGAGGAAAUAUCAAAGAAUUGCAAGAACUUCAGCAAACUUAAGAUCAUGGGCCCUUUUGAUAUGCUCUUUGCUUCGUCCCUUGUUUCAUACAUUCCAAAAUUGAAGGUCUUGAGUCUUCGGUGCUCAGUGAUAUUCAAGGAUGCUCUCAUCACGAUUUUGGAGAAACUACAGGAUUUAGAAGUGCUAAACAUAUCGCAUUGCAUCCUUAUUGAAGCCGGCCCACCUCCUUUGUGGAAAAGAGUGGUUAAGGAGAUUGAUCCGUUCAUCGUGGACAAGGCAAGUCGACUACGCGAGUUCUUAGUGUGCAUGAACGACUCCUGCGUUAUGUGCCAGCGUGCCAGAAGUGAUGAGGGGCUGAUGAGGUGGUACAAAUACGAAGAAGGCUUGUGGAAGUCAGAUGAAGCGAGGUCUCUGGCCCUUUGAUCAGUAUAUUGACAGUUCAGUGGCUAGGAUUCGUAACCUGUAUAGCAUCUUACUUUAGUUUCAGAAUUCUCUCGCAUGCUAGAAAUAAAACAAGGAUCAUAUUGAUGGAUGUAAAUAAAAGCUGUCUUUGUCUCAGUUGUAGACUCUUAUGAGACAGGUUCAUCUAUGGAGUGGUUUUGGGUGGUCCUUGGGUAGAAGUGGUAGGCUGAACUGCACCCAGGCCUUUGUGAUUUUUGUAAUUGUGCUGUAGAUAAUCAUCCAAUUUCAUUGCCCCCGGGCAAUCUAUCAAUGUUUCUCUAGAUUCUUA